AUGGAGACAAUUGAAGAUAUAAUGGAUCAUAAUGCACCACCUAAUAAAUAUAAACAACAAGAAGCAUUACGACUUCCACCAAUGACAACAGCUCCAACACCAGCUAGUGCAUCCGUAUUGCCUCGUUUUGAUAGUCUUGCGCUGCGAUCAAGUUCAGGUCCUUGGUCACCACUACCAUUGAAUGGAAGUCAAUAUGAGAAAACAUCAGUUGAUCCAAGGUUAACAAGUCCUACAUUUAUGAAAUCACCUUAUUCAUGGCCAACUAAGAGUAGUAAUUCAUUUAUAAAAGGGGUGGAUUCUACAGUACACAAUAAUAAUUCAUUUACAAGAGUAACGGAUUCAACAGUAAACAGUAAUAAUUCGUCCAAUGCACGAAUGAUAUCAAGUUCGGAUGAAACGUGUGCUUGUUUAACUAAUAAAUGUUCAUCUCGUUGUAAACUUGGUAUACUUGGCUUUUUCAUUGGAUUUUUAGCUAUUUGUAUACCAUUGGCUGUGAUAUUAGUUUUGUGGCUAAGAAAAUGA